AUGGGCAUUAAGAUUGCGCAGAUUAAUCUUCACCAUAGCUGUGCUGCUUCUGCUCUUUUAAGUAGGAGGAUGGCUAGAGGCAAUUUUGAUAUUGCAUUGGUUCAGGAACAUUGGACCGGACAUGGUAAAAUCUUUGGUCUAAAUGUUAAAGAUCAUAAAUUGCACUAUGAUCUUACCUGUGCUAGAUCCAGAGCCUGCAUUAUUGUUUGCACUAGGUUAAAUGCAGUCAAUCUCAUUAAGUACUUAGACGGAGAUAAUGUUGCCGUCAAGGCCACUUACGGAGAUGAUGGACAUAAGGAAGAAAUUAUGUUUGCUUACUUACCUUUCGUAAAGCAAGAACCUCUCUCUGAGACCAUGAAGGCGCUCAUUGAGAAUUCUAAAAGCAACAAUAAGAAGUUCAUCAUCGGUUGUGAUGCCAAUGCUCACAAUGUUGUUUGGGGCAGCUGCGACUGUAACAAACGUGGUGAUAACUUGUUGAAGGAUAUCUUAAUGUAUGACCUUUGUCUUCUAAAUAAAGGCAAUGAACCUACCUUUGUUACAUCCAAUAGGAAAGUUAUUGACCUUACAAUCUGCAAUAAUUCUUGUGUUGAUAAGGUUAUGGAUUGGAAGGUAUCUGAUGAAAACCCUUUAUCUGAUCACCGACUAAUCUUUUUCUCUGUUACAGGUCUAAAGAGGCAUACUUUCCCUUAUAGGAAUCCCAGGAACACCAACUGGGAUGCCUUUAAGGAGGACCUCAAGUCGACUAUUCAUGGUUUGUCUGGUAAGUUUAAUUCAUUAUUGGAUUUGGAGUUGUCUGUUGACCAGUUGCAACGUGCCAUUCUCCGAUCCUACUACCAGAACUGCAAGGCUAACGUCACUGACUCGCCAAGGUUAGUUCCUUGGUGGUCUAGCGAGAUCAGUGACCUACGCAGCAAAUACAGAAAACUCUUCAACAGAGCUAAAAAGAAUGGUGAUUGGGAUACUUAUAAAAGCAUCCUCACUGAUUACAAUAAAGCCAUCAGGGAUGUUAAAUAUGCUUCCUGGAGGAAUUUUUGUAAUAAUAUUAAGGAUGUUCCUGCUAUGGCCAGAAUAACAAAAUUCAUGACCAGAGACAGGAACUGCGAUCUAAAUAUAUUAAAGCGUACUGACGGUAGCUUCACUGAACUUGGAGACAACAAGUUAGCUCUGGCUAUCUUCAUAGAUAUUAAAGGUGCAUUUGAUAGAGUACCUGUUAUUACUAUCUUGAGGGCCCUUGCUAGAAGGAGUAUUGAUGUAACUAUUGUUAAUUGGAUUGAAAAUCUGUUACGGUAUCGUGGCUAUGCUGAUGAUGUCAUCAUUGUGGCCAGUGGCAAGUUCUUGGACACUGUCAAUAUUAUCACAAGGUUUAAAGUGCAAAGGAAAGAUGGUGUCAUUCUGAGGGUCUUGCAGUAA